GAGUGAAAAUUCAUACAACGAAACGGCGUCGUAGAGUCCCGGACCCAAAGUUUUCUUGAAAGGAAAGAAAACCUAAAUUAAAGAGGAACGCUAUAGUAUAGUCGAGAGCUCGAAAUCUCCCCCAAACUGUCUGUCUCUCUAAAUCUUCAUCUCGAUCUCUCCCUGUAUCUCUCGAUUCCCGAUCUAAACUGAUAUAAUGGUGAAGGAACAAGCUAAUUGGUCUCCCUACGAUAACAAUGGAGGGACUGUGGUCGCCAUAGCCGGAGCUGAUUACUGUGUAAUUGCAUCGGACACUCGUAUGUCUACUGGUUACAGUAUUCUCACCCGCGAUUACUCCAAAAUUUGUAAACUAGCGGACAAAUCUGUGAUGGCAUCUUCGGGAUUCCAAGCUGAUGUACGAGCUUUGCAAAAGGUCUUGGCUGCUAGGCAUCUGACUUAUCAGCAUCAGCACAACAAACAGAUGAGCUGCCCUGCAAUGGCACAACUGCUCUCUAACACCCUUUACUACAAAAGAUUCUUUCCGUAUUACGCUUUUAACGUUCUGGGUGGUCUUGACAAUGAAGGAAAAGGAUGUGUUUACACUUAUGAUGCUGUUGGAUCCUAUGAGCGAGUUGGAUACAGUUCCCAAGGAUCUGGUGCUACACUAAUUACACCUUUUCUGGACAACCAGCUGAAAUCACCAAGCCCUCUCCUGUUACCUGCUAAGGAUGCCGUUACCCCUCUUUCGGAAACAGAAGCCAUUGAUUUGGUAAAAACUUGUUUUGCAUCAGCAACUGAGAGGGAUAUAUAUACUGGGGACAGGUUGGAAGUGGUUAUAUUGAAUGCUAAUGGCCUUCGCCGUGAGUACAUGGAGCUGAGGAAAGAUUAGUGGCACUUACCCUGUUUGCUGAAUUGUUGGGGUCUUGAUGUAUGGGAUUGUGGCUGGUUUUUCCUUGUUCUUGCACUCUUUUGAAUACCAAAUGUUGGACUUGACAUAACCAACUUGAAGUCUUAGGACUUGGGAUUUAGCAAUUUAAAUAUUCUAUUUAACGGAGUAUUUCAUUUACUUUGUA